GGAAGCCAGCGGAUGCACAGAGGAAAUAAGCACGGAGUGUUGGCAAGAACUGAAGCGGGGCGUAAGAAGAGAGCUGAAAGAGGGAAGCGGAUCAGAGUGCGCGCUUGUUCGGGCGGCCAUUGCGAGUACCUUGUACGAGGCCGCGUACGCGAGUGAGUACCCAGUGCCCCGCCGGUGGAAAUCCAAUAAAAUCAGCGGCCAUCCUUAGGGCGAGGUGCUCCGUGUGAAGCCCGGGACGCGCACGAAAUCCUGGUCCGAUGGCUGAGACCGAUAAAUUAAACAUUGACAGCAUCAUCGCUCGACUCUUGGAAGUAAGGGGAGCUCGACCUGGUAAAAAUGUGCAGCUGACCGAGGGAGAGAUUCGGGGGCUUUGCUUAAAGUCUCGGGAAAUUUUUCUAUCGCAGCCCAUACUGCUCGAGCUGGAAGCACCCUUAAAGAUAUGUGGUGACAUACACGGACAAUACUAUGAUUUGUUGCGGCUUUUCGAGUAUGGCGGUUUCCCUCCAGAGAGCAAUUAUCUCUUCCUGGGUGACUACGUAGACCGAGGGAAACAGUCGCUAGAAACGAUCUGUCUUUUGCUUGCCUACAAGAUUAAAUAUCCCGAGAACUUCUUCUUACUCAGAGGAAACCACGAAUGCGCCUCCAUCAACAGGAUAUACGGUUUCUAUGAUGAAUGUAAACGUCGAUAUAACAUCAAAUUGUGGAAAACAUUCACGGAUUGCUUCAACUGCCUGCCGGUGGCCGCCAUCGUUGACGAGAAGAUCUUUUGUUGCCACGGCGGUCUUAGUCCGGACCUUCAAAGCAUGGAACAAAUCAGACGUAUCAUGAGACCCACCGAUGUACCUGAUCAGGGUCUGCUUUGUGAUCUUCUCUGGUCAGAUCCUGAUAAGGAUACCAUGGGUUGGGGAGAGAAUGACCGUGGUGUUUCGUUCACCUUUGGUGCCGAAGUCGUCGCCAAGUUCUUGCAUAAACACGACUUUGAUCUCAUCUGCCGUGCUCACCAGGUCGUAGAGGAUGGUUACGAGUUCUUUGCAAAGCGUCAACUCGUCACGCUAUUCUCGGCGCCUAAUUACUGCGGUGAAUUUGACAAUGCGGGGGCCAUGAUGUCGGUAGAUGACACUCUGAUGUGCAGCUUCCAAAUUCUUAAACCCGCGGACAAGAGGAAGUUCACGUAUGGUGGUCUGAAUGCUGGUCGACCCGUGACGCCGCCUCGAGGUGCGAACAACAAGAACAAAAAGAAGUGAAACCCUUAGAAGAAAUCCUUGUCGUAUAAACGACACAACAACACAACACUUAGGACCUUAAGACCUUUAUCCUCCCUCAAUUCCGCCCUUUUAAAAUCCGGUCCGAUCCUCUUUAAAAAGGCCAUCUUUAGGAUCUACUGAUUAAAACACGACAGCCAAUUACAAUGAAACAAUAUCCUUGAUCUUCACCGUGUCGCUCCCUUAUAUACGUCAGCGGGAAUCGCCUCUUACGUCCCGAAGAGUCCACUGUAAGAAAGAGUUAUUAUUACGAGUAUGUUUAUUAUUAUUAUUAUUAUUAUUAUUAUUAUUAUUAUUAUUACUGCUACUACUAUUGCUACUACAACCACUAUUAUGUGAAAAUCACGGAGCCAUCCACAAAACAAUGAUUGUCGAUAUAAGAACUUGUGGGUACUGAAGCAGACUCCGGAGUGCCAACUGUUGCAAGGGUCCCGAUAACGUCAUCCAUGGUUCUUUUCUUCUUACGGAGAAUUGAAGGACAGAAUAUCUCGUUCGUAGUUAUAUAUCAUUCGUAUGCUUGACAGACUACCACGUAAACGAAUUGAGAUUGUUAUUCUGGGAUAAUUUGGCCACGAAGUUGAAAUGCGAAUAUAUCCCUGUUUUUCGAUGCUUCGGCACGGUAUAGGCAUGUUAUUUCAAAAAAGAAAAAACUUGUUACGUUUUCAUGUUUAGGCUAUUGGUAUGCUACCUUGGAGAAAGAAUUAAGUCCUGCUCGAAAUGGAGAAACAAAUUGGUUGGAUGUUUUUUUUCUGAAUUGAAUAUGCGACAGUCGCGGCAUUUAAUCAUUUGAAUGUUGAAAGAAGUGUACCGCUUUAAAACGGGCCGGCUUCCCACCCUUCCCUCGCUAAUCAGAUUGAGUAUAUAUUUAAAAAUUGUACAUGGCGUAAUUGAACUCUACAGUCGCUCUUGUAAUAUCGCGAAUUUGUAUCGCUGUGGAUAAUUAAAAAAAAAAUAAUUUGACACGGAACGAGCGAGCGUAGUGUUUUCUUACUUUUAAUUGCUAAUACGAGACAACGGUUUGACCCUGCUCCGGAAUCAGCUUCGUGUCAUCAUCAUAGCUGGCAAUUUAGGGGGGGGGGGAUUAAUUACGGUAUAAUUAUUAAUAAUGCAAGCAUAAUAAAAUAUACACGAACACGUACAUACACUUCCUUACGCGUAAGGAAACCAAACAAAAAAAAGUGGAAGAAUACGAAAAGAAAAAAUGACGAGUCCGUGGUCGCAGCCACUCGUCACCACAUCGACUAACCUCGCGAUGCAAUUUAGAUAAUUUUAUUUGUUAAUGUACUCGUAGCUGCGACAUUUCCGUUUGUUUUUUCUCUUUUUUUUUUAAUCGUCUUAAUAUGCCAUCAUCCCCCGCCUAGUUCAUCGUAUAUUAUAUUCAUCGUCAUCGUUUUUGUUCCCUUUUCUUUCCAACUGUGCACAAUCACCAUCGUCAUCGUCACUUAUUACUCGUUCUUUCCUCGGUUGCACCUGUACAACUAACAAAGCAGUGUUAGACACUUAAGGACGAGAAACAGCGUUCGCGAAACGAGAAAAUUCAGCCUUAGGAGCACAGCGCGCCAUAGAGUAAUAACGAAAAGAAAAGCAACAUCAAAUCUAUCGAAUCGAGGUUGAUCCGCAUUAUUCAUCACCAUACCCCAAUCCCCCCAUUCAUUGUACAUUAAUUUUUUUUAUAAAUAAAACACCUAAAGCCAAAACUUUAAAGUAUCCUUUUGUCUUUUUUUUUCUUUGCUUCAUUACGGUGCCCUCCGUCGCGUUCGAUAUACAUACAUAUAUCUUACACCAGGUUUUAAACAAACUGGUCAAGACUUUGUUCGAGAUUGGAAUUGGCUGACGCAGAACGUCAUUCUUUCCAGUUGCGAAACUCGCGUGUAGAUAUUCAUGGACAUUAGGCCAACUAGUGAUAAACAAGGGACGUCCAUUGUUACAGUAAACGGUUUGUUUUUUUUUUUCAAACAUUUUCAUUGUCCUCAUCGACGACAAUUCAAUUGAGGGGAUAUGGAUAUGAAAAAGACAAUUUUUUGUUAGAGUACAUUAAUUUUUAUGAUUUGUUUUAAUCGUGAUAAUUUUGUUAGAGUCACGACACAACACGAAAAGUUUGAAAAAACGUAUUGGUCAGUUACACAAGAAACAAAGCAUCGAGGAGAAAUUUGUAAAGAGGAGUUUCCAUGUAUUCUUUGUCUUGAACGAACUGUAUGGCAUUUUAACCCUCUUCACUGGCAUAUAUCUCACUGGUACUGAAAUCAUAAUGAAACGAAAGAAAAGAUCCUCUUUAGAACUUCUAUGCUAAUUUCAGCUUAUCUCCCAUGCCCAUUGUGCCCAAUAGCUGUCGGGCACAAAGUUCCAUAAGGCUUACCCCUCUUUACUAGUGAUUCCUCGCUGCACAAAGGAACAGUUAGAUAGGGACACUGAAUAUCUUAUUCAGGAAUAUAAUAGUUAUAAAGUAACUAACGUAUAUUAUUAUAACAUUUCCGAGCAGGAGAUUGUAAUACUGGUAAUAUGUAACUUAUUUUGUGUUCCUUGGAUUGUUUAUGUUCGUUUUUGUCAUUUUGUAUAUAUACAUUGAUUCCACUAUGCGGCACUUUUCCAUUGGAAAUGCCGCUAUUGCAGCUAUUAUUCCAUCGCGAGGACUAAUUACUAAUGGUAAAAUUAAUUCAUAUUUAAUAUAACGAAAUAAUAAAACACGUAAAAUCCAGUCGGACUCGUGUUCUUUUUCGUUCAGGAUAUCUUGAAUGAAUUUGAUUUUAAUUUUUUGUUGGUUUUUUUAAAUAAUCAAAUUAUUAAUGAACGAGCGCGCAACGGAAUCGAUUUUGGCAAUAAAUCAAUCGGGCGCGGGUAGUCUGUAAUUCUUUGUAACUAAUUAGGAACGUUGUUUAGUUUCAUUUUACUUGAGAUAAAUUAAUGUUCCGAAAACAAUUGGGUGUCGUAUUAUUAUUAGAAAAAUGAGGAUCGUACCAAUUAAAUAGUCUUAUUGUAAACAGUCGCACAAGAAGUACGCAACGUCGGUAAUAAGUUAGACCUAAGAGUAUGAAUAAAAUUAAAUUGUUAAUAUAACAAUAUAUAAACUAUAGAUGCUCGACGAGAUUUUAGAUUUAAGAUUGGAACAUGCGAUGAACAAUAAAACCACUACGGACGAUAA